GGUGUGAUAUCCGUUAACAUGUCAAUCUGCCAAUUCUCCAAAACCCUCCUCGAGAAUUGAUAUUCCGUGAAUUUCCCCUUAAAUGUGAAACACAAUCUGCCGCUUUGGGAAAUUCAAAUUAAAAGUUCUACCAUGAUCUUCCAAUCCCCCUUCGCUCCACCAUCCCAUUCAUCCACAUUCACCCAAAUUCCAUGGGUGCACCCACUCCAAACACGAUGGUACGGAAGCAAUGGAAGGGAAGUAUCACUCGCACAUGCACGUUCCCUUAAAUUGAGCGGAUUGGCGUUGCAUUGGGAUUUGGGAUCUUGAUCAUUGACAACCCUUUCCUCAAUUCUAUCUUCAUCCGAGCGACAAGACGAGGAAGAGAGAAAGAAGACUUGUCCGUAACCGUUUAUCAGUCUCCACUUUCUUUAAUGUCAUCCCUCUCUUCCUUCCUCAUCCCAAUCCCAAUCCCAAUCUCUUAAUCUUUGCUUUGGCAUUUUGAGUAUCACUCGCUCACUCUCCCUUUUUGAUCUUUCGAUUGUGCAGUUCCUGCGCCUUACUUUCCUUCAGCAACUAUUCACCGUCGUCCGCCUUGGAAGGCGCAGUCACUCUCUAGAAAGCGAAUCAUCAAAGUUGAAUUCGCAGUAUCAAAUCAAUCGGAUCUAAUCAUUACCCAAUCGCCCUUCUUUGCGAAGUACAAUACAACUUUCAUUUCAAAGCAACGAGUAUCCAUACAUACAUACGAUUUGUCACAGAGAAGAAAAAGAAAGAAACAAUGCAAUUCAAUUCUCUGGUUCUCCUAGCAGGAGCAACCAUCCUCUCACCAUUCGUUCAAGCUCAGACUUGGACCACUUGCAAUCCUCUCAAUGAAACAUGUCCCAAUGAUCCGGCUUUGGGGACAAACCAUACUUUCGUUUUCAACACAUCAUCGACAGUUACCGAUUAUUACAACAUCACCGCGGGAUCUCUUACAUAUGGCGAUGAUGGCGCCGAAUUCACCAUCGCCAAGCAAGGACAAUCACCUACCAUCCAAUCCAAGUUCUACAUCUUUUUCGGCCAAGUAUCCGUGAUCAUGAAGGCUGCAACUGGAGUAGGAAUUGUAUCGAGUAUCGUCUUGGAAAGUGACGAUCUAGACGAAAUUGAUUGGGAAUUUAUUGGAGGUAAUGACACUCACGCCGAGACCAAUUAUUUUGGAAAAGGAAAUACUACCUCCUAUGAUCGGGCCAUCUGGUAUCCAACACCUUCCGAUCCAACAGCAAACUUUCACAACUACACCGUCGACUGGACUGCGGAGAGAGUUCAGUGGUGGAUUGAUGAUAGUCUUGUUCGAACCCUCGCAUAUGCUGAUGCGGUUGACGGCAAGAACUUCCCUCAAACCCCAAUGACAGUUCGAUUGGGAAUCUGGUCCGGUGGUGAUCCAAAGGGUAACAGCCAGGGAACAAUCGAAUGGGCUGGUGGAGAGACCGAUUUUACCAAGGUUCCAUUCACGAUGUACGUGAAAAGUGCAGCAGUUCAAGACUACAGCACUGGUUCUGAAUAUGAAUGGACUGAUAAAACUGGAGACUGGACAUCCAUUAAAGUUAUCAGUGGUAACUCGACCGUCGCAGAGACUAUCACCAAGAAUGAAACCCCCACACUCUCUCUAGGUGAAAAGUGGGACAACCUCCCUAAGACCACCAAACUCGCAGUCUACUGUGGAGGUGGUGCCGCAGUUGCCGCUCUCGUUUCCGCCUUCCUCUUCACCUUCCUCCGUCAACGUCGUAAUGGCCGUCUGGAACGUGAAGCCUACAACCAAUUGAUUGAGAAGCAACAACAAGACGCCUACAAAGAUCAAAUGGAAUUGCACAACAAGGGAAUUGGCGGUUUCGACAACAACUCGUAUGCAACCCAAGGAGAUGACGCACUUGGGGGCUGGGGUAGCAAUCAAGGAACUGGAUACGUAGGACCUAGUGGAAGCGCGAGCGCAAUGGCUAGUGGAAGUCCGAUGGUGCAGGCAGGUCAACAUGGUCCCAUGAGUCCGACGAUGGUUAUGCGAAAUGGGGAGAUGAGCCCGCAUAGUGCGGAGUUUCCUCAACCGCAACAACCGAUGUUUGGGGGUAGUGCCAAUGGGGGCUCUUACAUGAAGAUGUGAGCAUGAGAGGAAAAAGAAACAAACAAAGAAAGAUAGAAAAAAUCGGUAGGAGUGGGCAAGACGAAUGGAGGAUUGGAGAAAUGGAAGGUGUAGGGAGUUUUUAUGUAUAUGACUUUCUUUACACUGUUUAUAACAUAUCGAAAUGGGAAGGCUCGCAUCUUUUUUAUUCUGGAAUAUUUAUCUACGUACGGAGAGAAGAGGAAUCCGCCGCGACGACAGUUGGCACAUUCGGCUUGCUUGCCUCCUUACUUUCAUUCUUUCUGAUCUCAAAUGUCUGUUUAAUUUUUCUCGGGAGCGACGUCACCUUCACGGCUACAUAUAUACCCACCGAUUGACAGAGCGGGUUGAGCUCAUCUCUUGAUAUUGCGCGGGUACAUUUUGUAGAUACCAUCAUACCUUGUAAUGGGCGCUGAAGUUGAAUUGA